AUGGGCUGGCAACUAACAAAGGACCACAUGUACAUUAAGAAAAUCCAUCACUUCAUACCUGUUCUGCCCUGCUUCCCAUCAGCCGAGGCAGAGCACGAUCUCGCCACCUUGGUGAACAUGUCCAAUAUCGGACUACUUCUUAUGUACUUCAAGAUCCUUAUUCCUUCUGCCUCUUCUCACAAAAUGACACACUUUGAGAUUUCCAUCGUAUCUGACACUGUCUGCCCAUGGUGUUACAUCGGGCUGCGAAACCUACAAGCCGCCAUUGCCCAGCGUACCGCGAAGAGCCCUACCGACACUUUCUCGUUGACAUGGGACCCCUUUCAACUCAAUCCGCAGGCUCCCCGAGGGCAGACGGUGGACAAGAGAGCAAGCUACGAAAAGAAGCUGGGCGUAGAUGGCGCGCGAACCGUCUUUGAACGCUUGACCUCCGCUGGCGAGACGGCAGGCAUUCAGUUCAGCUUCGAUGGACGAACGGGCAAUACGCUCGAUAGUCACCGUCUUCUUGAGCUUGCUCGCAAGAUAUCAGAUGUGUCGGAAGCAACUUCUGGACAAGCUACACACUCCCAGGCAGACCUGCAGACUCGCCUGGCCGAAGAGCUCUUUGCCGACUACUUCGAGAGGGAACGGGACAUUACUGAUCACGAGGUCCUCAAGAAAGCUGCGCUGCGAGCUGGACUGGAUGAGAGGGGGAUAGACAUCUUAGCUUUCCUGGCGAGCGAUGAUCUGGUCGACCUUGUGCAGCGUGAAGCAUCGGCUCAACGAGAGGAAGGCAUCAAUGGCGUCCCUCACUUCACCAUCAACGAUGACAUUCUUGCAUCUGUUCGAGAGGUUGGCGAGAAAACGACGAGCAGUGCUUUGAGCAGUUUGACGUGA